AUGGCGGAGUGGUUCUUGGUGCUGGACUUGGUGUUACCGGCCUCCGUUCUGCCUCAGGCUGCUGCAGUGGGACUGGUAAGGCAGCUCGAAGCCCUCUGAGCUCUGCAAGCAAGCCCUCCUCUCUCCUCUGCUGCCCCUCCAGGAAAGUUCUCAUCACUGUAAGCAGCUCCGCCCCAGCACCUGAAGUUCCCGGGUCUGCCUGCCAGGAAGGCCCAGCAGCACCCUCUUCAUCCUCAUCCUCUGUGGCCCAGGCUGCUUCCUCCACAGCUUCUUCCACUUUUUGUGACCGCAGUCCGGUCCGUCUUCCUGUGAACCGGAUGCGUCCCCUUCGACUGGCCAUCCCACUUCUGACACCAAAUGUCGCGGGUUCAGUUUCUUUAAGUUCUUUUUCGGUUGUGGAGGGAAAGAUGAUGGCACAGUCGAGAACCGAGUACGGUGAUUUCCUUUUAUUUACACCAUCUCCAAAAAAAUACCCACAGGUGAAAACUCUUAUGUACAAAAAAUAUUUACAAAAAUUAUUUACAAAAAAGACAGAGGAAAAACUAUUUACAAACCGCAAUUCAAAUACCAGGACCAACAUACGUCUGCUCAACCAGGAGGCACACCAACAAGUGAGCUGAGCGCCUUUAAAUACCCCUUGGCCCCUCCUCCGGACAAACCAAUCAAAACAAUCUAGGGGUUUUUCAAGAUAUCAGCUAUUAUAUCAUAACUAAUAUUUCUACAUACACAAAAUAAUACAAAGCAAUUACUGUUGCUCACACCCUCCACAUGGCUGAGGCAAUAUUAAACCCAAACACAAUAUUUUUCCUAUAAAUCAAUUUGUUCCCGGACUUUGGUUUCUCCCUGGAUCACCUGACCCGCGGAGGCACGUCACCUAGUGCUACUUAACAGGUGACCCGGAACUGCCUCUGUUCAGUCCAUGAAGCGGAGACAGAAGGUGAGUGUGUAUGUGUGUGCGUGUACAUGUAAGCGAGACCCGUGUAGGUGUUUGAGUGUGCACCCUCUAACACCAACCACGGGGACGCAAGAGUCCAAUUAUUGUUUUUAAAUGUUCAUUUUGACUCCCGUCCGUCUGUCACUCCAGCCGCGAGUGACCACGCCAUUCCCCCACGUCGGCGCCGAGCGACGAGGGAGAGAAGGCGUCCAGCCGCGAGAGAGAGCGUGCGUCCAGCCGCGAGAGAGAGAGCGGCCAGCCGCGAGGGAGAGAGCGGCCAGCCGCGAUGAGGACGGCGUUAGUGGCGCCCCGCCACAAGGACAGUCGUUGGUUUGUAAUUCUGCACUCGUAUUUAUAUAUAAAUAAUUUUAUUUCUCCUGUACUCAACCAGAUGAUCAGAUGCGACCUUGAAUGCAGCUCCAGCUGAGUUUGAUCGGUUUAGUCAUCAAUGACAAAUGCGAGUGUUUAAGUAACUUUUAAAAACAGACUCUGACUUUUCUGUCUUCAGUCUGACUUCUAUUCAGAAAAAAAAAAGAAAAUACAGAGUUUCUCCCCCCUCCUACGCACACGUAGCACACAGGCGAGCCUUCCUCUCAGGGGAGCGUCAGGAGCCAACCUGAGGAAAGGCAGGAAAUCACUACUUGAAGUGGAAGCAGACGAGGCAGCUGGAGGGAACGUGGUGCCACCUAAAACUCUAAAUUACAACACUUCAUCACUCCUGGGACACACUGAGCACCACAAACUGAUGAACGCUAACGCUGUUAGAGUAUCCGCAGGUGGAUUUUUCCCUUCACCUCAGAGUCAAAAAGCACAGCAUUAACCUGGAUCUCCUUUUUUUUCAGAGCAAAGAUAAACCACAUCCUACUGAGACCACAUUUUCAUUUCCGAAGGUCUGCAGAUAAUUUCUGUAAGAGCUUCCAGUUCUGCCUCACCGCGGCAGUGAUGGCUCCAUUAACGCCGGCGGGUCCAUUUAACCUAGUUACCGCUCAAACAGCAAAUGAACGUCUCACUUCAGUGUUCAAGAGGACCUUGCAUCACAUUUCAGGGCUGCCUGAGAUUAAUGGCGUCGGUCUGAACGAGGUGAAACCCACCUAUGUUUCAAAGAGGGUCUAA